GAAUUUCGUUCCGCAGUCAUUUAUUAUCAAUUAUGUAAUCAUCUCAUUUUGCAGAUGAUCUACAACGUGCAACAAGGAAACGUAGACCUUAAGUUAACGUAAUCUAAUCUGAAUUAAAAUUUUCUAAAAGCAUUUUGGCGAUUUUUGAUUCUUAAAACCACUUCCAACACGCAUUCAGAAUGAGUUCAAUUGGAACCGGUUACGAUCUUUCCGUGUCCACUUAUUCACCUGACGGUCGCGUUUUUCAAGUUGAAUAUGCUGCAAAAGCUGUUGAUAACAGCGGAACUGCGAUUGGUUUGCGCGUUGAAGGUGGCGUAGUAUUGGCAGUUGAAAAACUUGUACAAUCAAAAUUGUUGGUACCAGGAUCAAAUCGUCGAAUUCAAACUGUUGAUACUCAUAUUGGCGUUGCAACAGCCGGUUUGUUAGCAGAUGGUCGUCAUAUUAUCAAUCGAGCUAGGGAUGAAGCAGAGAGUCAUCGUGAUAUAUUUAAAACUCAAAUUCCUGGCAAGACAAUUGCUGAUCGAGUGGGUCAAUAUGUACAAAUGUAUACAUUAUACUCUAGUGUUCGGCCAUUUGGUAGCAGUGUUAUUAUAGGUACUGUUGAUAAAGAAGGACCACAACUUUAUAUGAUUGAACCAUCUGGUGUAUAUUGGGGGUAUCAUGGUUGUGCAAUUGGUAAAGGUAAGCAAGUGGCAAAGACAGAAAUUGAGAAACUUAAACUUUCUGAGCUAUCACUUCGAGAAGCUGUAAACGCGGCUGCAAAAAUUAUAUAUACCGUUCAUGAUGAGGCUAAAGACAAAGCUUUUGAAUUAGAAUUAAGUUGGAUUACAAGUGAGACAAAAAGACAUGAAUUCGUACCUAAAGAUAUUGCAGAAGAAGCUGAAAGAUUGGCAAAGGAUUCACUUAAUGAGGAAAUGGAAGAUUAAAUUUGUUAGAUUUUUUAUUUUUCAUUUAUUAAAAUUAUAUUGUUAAAACAAGGUCUUGCUGAAUGUUGAAUUUUAUAUUGGCUGAGAAUAAAAAAUAUAAAUAAUUUAUUUAUAUAAAAAAAUUAUUUGAAAACAACUUUUUGAAUAUAAAUACAAUAAAUUUUUUUUAAAAUAAUGUUCUUUAUAAAUAAUAUUUGAAAAAUCAAUUAAGGAAUUAAAA